AUUGUUUGCGACCGGGGGCUUUAUGGGGACGGACCGAAACAGCAUGACGGCCGCAGAUGCUGAUGGAGACUCCGGUGUGAGAAAAGACGGCGUUAGGGACGAAGAGGACAAGCUGCAGGCGUUAAAAGGUGCAGCGUUUCUGACCACGGUGGCGUCGGCGGGGAUGGUGGUGGGGUUCGGCUCCACGUUGGCGCUGGCUAAGAAGAGGAGCCCAGACUGGUUCAGCAAGGGCGUCGCAGCGACGGUGGCGGCCCCCGAGUCCGGGGCCUCACUGGCCCUCAGAGCCCUGGGUUGGGGCUCCCUGUUCGCCUGGUGUGGAGUGGGUCUGCUCAGCGUCACGGUGUGGAAAGCUCUCGGCGUUCACAGCCUGCCAGAGUUCAGGCAGAAGAUGCAGUCGUUGUUCCCGGCCAUCCCCAGGAGCCCGGAGGCUGCAGCCGGAUCGGAACCACUGGACUGGGACUCGGUGUUCAGGUCCAGCGAUCGGGAUCAACCAGAGACCAUCAAACCAAACUGAUCCGCAGGAGUUUGUUCGCCGUUCUGGUCGGGUCCAUCGGGUCUGGGAUGGUGGAGGCUGAUUCUGGGUUUAUCCAAGUCUCCUCCUGCUUCUGAGGAGAUCUGAAAACAGAACCUGGUGCUGGAA